AUGCAUGGGCUAGAUUUGCGUCUUAUGGAAGUUUUGGCUUGCAGAUUUGAGGGAGACGCUUGCAAGUGUAGCCCUCCAGCCUCCACUAUGCUCUUCCAUGGGCUGCCCGGAGGCGAGAUGCAGGGGGUCAUCGACGAGAUCGGCCGGAGGGCGAAGGGCGAUUCUACCGCCAUCAGUUCGGCCAUAGACAUGGGGGAAACGGAGACGGUGGGUGAAUUCUUUACUAAAGAAGGACCUGUGCUGUUCAGGCAUGUGAAAGCACAAAUAAAGCGUUCAUUUCGAGGGAAUACGGUCAGAAAGUAAACGGCGAUUAAAAUAUAUUCAUUCAUAAGCUAGAAAGCAGCACAUUGCUUGCAUGUUAGCGUUCACAUUUGCUAACCCUGUGUGCGUAAAGUGUCAUUAUUCAUGACCUAUUGGCAAGUAUUUCGUAUGCCUCUGAAACAACAUGUUACAAUAACUUUAGAAUUGUAUUCACGAAGUUUCCUUUCAGAUACAUGUAGACUACAUAGGCCCACUUAGAUAAUAAAACAAAUAUAUAUAGUAAAAACUCUAAACAUUUUAUUUUACACUGCAUGGUAUGUCUGUCUGCCCAUUUUAAGGCCAUGCAUGUUCAUUCAUAACUCAAUAAUUAAUUCUAACAGAUAAUAAUCUUGAUCACUUUGAACCCAGCAAGGCACGAAACAUAUAGGCCUAACUUCUAAAACAUAAACAGGCUUCUCGUUUGUUGUAAAAAACGAACACAUCGUUUUUCAAUAGGCGUAGCUCACGUGCUCAUGUCCAUUCAGCUCUCCAAUUGAAGUAUUAAAUAUCCAAAGGAAAAUACGUUUAUUUCACAGAAGCAUUCGAAUUAUAAUGCUUGAUCUGUGAUUAUUUUUUUAUUCGUUUAUUAGGCCUAAUCAAAUACGUUUUGCAAUAUUUUGGUUGUUAACAAGAUUCCUUAAUUGAUGAUAAAAUUGAGUGUUUCACGUGAAUAAAUACCCUUGGAAAAAUAUUUGAAUUUGACAUUUUCCUUUCAUUUAGUUGUUACAUUUUUCUAAUAUAUGACACACAUGCCUCAACAAAAAAUAAGGUUUCUGGUGCAUUUACAUGUUAGGCCACAUUUUAGGCCUACGUGUUACAUCAUGCCACAUUUAGGUUAUAUCUAGUGUUACCAUUGUAUCUAUUGCUUUCAUGGCUGCAAGCAGACAGACUUAUGAACAAAUAUGAAAUAUGUGUGCGCAAAAUGUUCACUGUUAUACAGUAUUGGCCUUGACAUCGCUUGGUGACAUACUAUCGAACAUGUGUUCUUAUUGUAAACAUAAAACUGAUUUCCCUUUCCCUCUUCAGAGUAUUACGUCCAUCAACAGCGACCGUGUGGCCUUAUGCGCGGGCUGCGGGGGGAAAAUAUCUGACCGUUACUACUUGCUUGCGGUGGACAAACAGUGGCACAUGCGCUGUCUCAAGUGCUGCGAGUGUAAACUCAACCUCGAGUCAGAGCUUACCUGUUUCAGUAAAGACGGCAGCAUCUAUUGCAAAGAAGAUUACUACAGGUAACCAUGACACAAGGCUACAGCUAUAACAAAAACAACAACAACAACAACAACAACAACAACAACAACAACUGGCCAAGAAAGCAUAUAAACGAGAGCUAUCCAAUUAGGUCUUGGUAUACAACUAGCAUUCUAUCUAGGCAACUUAUUACAAACACUUCAAAGCCCCAGCUACUCCAUUGACAAUCCUGAAACCAAUUUCAGAUAGUCAGUGAUGGUAGGCUAAUCUUCCCAAAACAUGGUAGCUUGUUUGCUACUAUUCCAUGACUCUGGUAGGCCUAUUCUUGUUCUUGAUGCUCUACUUAGUCUAAACGAAAACAUCAUAUUUUGAAGUGGCAAAAGGACAAGAAUGAAACAAAAAAAUAGGAAGGCCUGAAGGCAUGCAGCCUUUUACGCAUGAUAAUGAAUAUGCCUGUAUUGCUUAAUAACAACUUUAGAUCAACCUUCUUCAUCAUAAUGUCCACAAGCUAAAGUUUGUUGACCCUGUUGUGAAUCUAAAUUCUGUACGUGUUUGUGUCAUCCGCUCUCUUCUCCCAAGCAGGAGGUUUUCCGUCCAAAGGUGCACCCGUUGCCAUCUCGGGAUCUCGGCGUCGGAGAUGGUCAUGCGGGCGAGGGACUUGGUCUACCACUUGAACUGUUUCACCUGUACAAGCUGCAACAAAAUGCUCAGGACCGGAGACCACUUCGGAAUGCGGGACAGUCUUGUGUACUGCCGGCUCCACUUUGAGACACUCAUACAAGCGGAAUAUCAAGCGCAUUUCAAUCACGCGGGGGAUGUAGCCUCGGGCAAAGGACUUGGCGCGGGCAGCAUGGGAAACUCGCCGGGGCUGCCCUACUACAACGGCGUCGGGACCGUGCAGAAAGGAAGGCGGAGGAAAAGGAAAAGUCCCGGGCCUAGAGCAGAUCUGGCGGCUUACAACGCAGGUAGGACGAGUUUGUACCGGUUAACCGUUAAUUGUUAUGGUCAUUUAAAUCUACAAAAAGUGCCACAAAAAAAAACUCACAAUUGUGAGGCCUAUUUUAUUUCACAGUGUGUGUGAUUUCUCUAUUGGAAUGAAAGACAAUAAAGAGCAAAAUAGUGGAUUGAUGGACUAAUUUGAAAUAUUUUGUUUUGAUGGAAAUCUACCCUUGUCGCUUAUUUCGAUAGGACUGGGUUACUUACUUUCAAUCAAAAUUAACAUAGGCCUAUUUGUCUGCACCGUUUUGGGAAAUAUAGAAUGGCUAUAACAACGUCGUCUUUUUUAAACAAAGUUAAUCAAUUUAAUCAACUAAAUAGUUCCUUCUUAUUUUUUCUAAUCAAAAAUAUUUUACGCAAUAGCUAAUGAAUUGCGCAAUGUUGUGCUUUGGACGAUUUUAUGCACAGACUAGGCCUGCCAUGUUUUAAAUCGGGUGGAUAUGUAUAUGUUGAUUUAUUGAAGAACUCACCUUUCUGAGACACUUAUUCUAACAAGAUUUAAUGUUUGGUCAAAGAUGUGAGGGAAAGUGAGAAGUUCAAUGGAAGCCUCUGUUGAUUUGUGGAAUGGGAGCGCGCUUGGUCCACUUCCAAUCUAAUAGAUUUGGAUAACAUAUCCUAAGAUACAAAUGCAAGAUGAACAUGCACAGACCACAAACUAACGCAUUAAUCAAUUAAAAGAGAACCUGCUUCUGAAGGUCUACUCAAUUCUGCAUGUCCUCCUGCAUGUUCCAUUAUAGGCUACAGUGACGGUUUGCGUAAUAACAACCUCUUGAAACACUCCAUUGAAUUCUUUUUGAAAAUGUUAAACUUUUUCCACUGAACAUUACGUUUGCAAGCUCAUACACAGUCAAUUUAGUCUUGUAAAACCUAUCUCAAAACUUAGAACUUGGCUACAUAGAAAAAGAGAGUAGUGAAAGAUUUUUAGAAGACGACAGGAGCAGACAAGUGGAAAAUAGCUCAGAUGGGGACUUCAAAAAGAUGAGAGAGAGAGACGAUCGAAUUCUCCCCAGUCCCACUUUCACUUGCUGAGUCUCGCAGUUUGUUUGGUUUUGGGGUCGGGAAAUCAAUGUCGGAUUGCUUGUAGAACAUGGGAGAACCUGUGUGGAAUCCUGAAUAAAACGCUCCCCUGUGUGGUUUCGAGAGAAAGUCUCCUGCAGCCAGGAAUAAGUUAUUCCGUCAUAAAUAAAAAACCGACUUGAGCGAGUAGCUCUUGGUGUAUUACUUUUGUGCGAAAAAAACAGAUGACUUUGACAUCUUGGUAUUAUGAUUAGGCAUAAAGCAAUGUUUAUACUUGUUAUAUGCCUAUUAUCAUUCCUAUAAUAAUAUGAGUAGGAAUAGGCAAGGAUAGGGCUAGAUUGUAUAGGCCUGUCUGUUUUUCGAGAAUAAAGGAUUUAAUUAUACAAUUCCAGGUCACUAUAGCUCCAUAUUGCGAUGGCAUAAGGUGAUUUGAAUAAGAAAGACGAAUGGCAGAAAGCGUUAGUAAGCACGUGAGCUAAACAUGAAUGAUAGGGCUAAUAGUUAAAAGAUUAGGCCCAUUCUCUGCAUUCUGCUUUGGAUAACGAGAAUUUUGAUUUUCGUUCCAUAAACAUUUUGAAAUGUACAGUUCUGAGUGUGCUUCAAUAACUAUGAGCAUGAAAAUGUAAUGACAAUAUUUAUACAUUAUUGUCAAGGAAUAUUUCAUAAACAACUUCCUUUUUUUGACAGGGUUGUCUGGUAAAUUGUUAGACAAAUGGGCAGGAUUAAUUGCACAAUUUCCCUCCAAAUCUAAGAUAGCCUACGUAAAUAAACGAUAUAUAAAAGAAGAAAGCCUAAUUACAUGAAAUAAAAUAAGGAUUUCAAUCUUAAACCAACUUAUACUGUAUAUAGGCUUAGACCUAUCUUUCUUUGCAUAAUAUUUUGCGUUGUCCAAGAUAACUUUGACCCACUUUUCCAAAGUCUCAUAUCUAAUGAAAUUCUAGCCUGCUGUGUUAUACAAUAUUGAAUAAGGCAUCAUGGAGAGGAACAUAUUGCCCUUUCUUUCUUUCUUUCUUUCUUUCUUUCUUUCUUUCUUUCUUUCUUUCUUUCUUUCUUUCUUUCUUUCUUUCUUUCUUUCUUUCUUUCUUUCUUUCUUUCUUUCUUUCUUUCUUUCUUUCUUUCUUUCUUUCUGUUUUGGAGCUUUGCUGCCACCCGAGGGAGUUUGUUGACAUUCCUUUCAAUAUCAUCUGGAAUGCCAGAUUUUCUAUCAAACCCUGACUGCACUGCAUAACACUGUGAAAAUACAAGCCAAUUUGAUCCAAUACAGUAUUUUCUGCAGUGUGGUGAAUUCCAGCAACCAUAACUAUUGGCAAAAGUUCUUGACAUGCAAUUGACAUUUCCCAUUGCUUUACCCACUUGAAUAUUUUGACAUACGAAUUUGUUGUCCCCGUUUUUGAAGGAAUGAUUAUUAACACUUUAGAGUCAUUAUUCUAGUAAAUACAAUAUAACACUGUACUUACAGAAGCAGAAGGGAAAAAGUGCAUUCUAAUAAUGAGCAAUUGCAAUACUUUUUUACACUGUACUACUUACACAGUAAUAAGAACACUAAAGUUAAGGUAUUUGUUGCUGCCCAGUCAAUCUUGUGCGUUUUGCAUGACAAACCCACAUUUUAUUGAUUUAUUUAGGCAUUUUCACUCAGUGUUGUGGGUAUUUAGGAGUAAUCACGUUGUGAUUCUUUUUGUAUUCAGUUUUGCAACUAACGUGCUUGCUAAUUUAGAGCUUCCAGAGUACUUGCAGAUUGUCAGAUGUGUUGUGGGUGUUUUGCAGGCAGUUUUUUCCAUGCUGUAAACUACAGAAUGUAAACAUAUAGGUGGUGCUCUUGCUUGAUUCAAUUUGAUACAAAAGUUAUCAUUAUGAAUUCAUUGAAUUUAGCAUAAUAGUUUAUAGAUAUAGAUAACAGUACUGUUACCAAUAAUAGUAAUAAUGAUAAUAAUAGUAAUAAUAAUAAUAAUAAUAAUGGUUAUCUGAUUAGCUAGAAAGAAAAUAUUCUAGUGCAAUGAUUGCUCUGUAAAAUUACCCUUUUAAUGCCUAAUUUGCUCAUUCCGACUUACAUUUGAAUCACACAAGAAUAAAACAUAUUUCAGUUUGAUGAAUGUAUCCAUUUAGCCUCCAUUAACCACAACCUUGUAAAGUCCUUCAUGAGCUUUCCUGUCAACAAAUAAGACAUGCAGUCUGUCUGCCAUAGCGUUCACAACAACAACAACAACAACAACAACAAAACAACACAUUGGAAUACUCUGAUUACUUAAUCCCAAUGAUGACAUGAUCAUAACCAUAAACUAAAUUCCAUGAAAAUGGUAAACAAAGUAUUGUGUCAUAUUGUAUUAUUGUCAUAUUGUAUUGUAUUGUAUUGUAUCAGUAACCUCACCCACAAAACCUAGUUCAGAGUUCAGACAUUGCAUUGUGAUGAUUAGUUUAAAUAUGGAGCCUGUCUGAGUGAGUGGAACUAAUGAUAACCAGUAGACUCACUUCUCUUAGGGUAAUUAAGGGUGGCAGGUAGCUUAGUGGGUAAGAGCGUUUUACAAGUAACUGAAAGGUUGCUGGUUCUACCCCCGAGCAGACUAGGUGAAAAAUCUGUCGAUGUGCCCUUAAGCAAGGCACUUAACCCUAAUUGCUCCUGUAAGUCACUCUGGAUAAGAGCGUCUGCUAAAUGACUAAAAUGUAAAUGUAAAAUGUAUCGUAUCGUAAUGUAUUGUAUUGGAUCAUGUCUUAACCAGAAACUAACCUGUGUGUGUUGUCCCUCCCCUCCAGCAUUAAGUUGCAAUGAGGAUGGGGACCACCUGGACCGCGACUCCCACUACUCCUCCAGCGCCAAGUCCAAGCGCAUGCGUACCUCCUUCAAACACCACCAGCUGAGGACCAUGAAGUCCUACUUUGUCAUCAACCAUAAUCCAGAUGCCAAAGACCUGAAACAGCUGGCCCAGAAGACGGGUCUCACCAAACGGGUGCUGCAGGUGAGAAAGACGAUUCCCUUUACAUGUGUGUAAAUAAUUAUCCUUUAUAAAGGGAACUGCCAAAAUAAUGGAAACACUUGAGUAAAUGAGGGAUACAUUUAUGUCAUUUAGCAGACACUCUUAUCCAGAGCGAAUUACAGUUAGUGCAUACAUUAUUCUUUUCAUACUGGCCCCCCGUGAGAAUCGAACCCACAACCCUGGCGUUGCAAACGCCAUGCUCUACCAACUGAGCUACCUCCCUACCGGCCAUGCCCUCCCCUACCCUGGGCCAAUUGUGCGCCGCCCCAUUGGUCUCCCGGUUGCGGCCGGCUACAGCAGAGCCUGGAUUCGAACCAGGCAUCUCUAGCGGCACAGCUUGCACUGCGAUGCAGUGCCUUAGACCACUGCGCCACUCAGGAGAUACAAAGUGUAUUGAAAGCAGGUGCUUCCACACGGGCGUGGUUCCUGAGCUAACUAAGUAAUUAACAUCCCAUUAGGGUCAUGUAUAAAAAUGCUGGACAUGCCAUUAUUUUGGCCAUUAUUUUGGCUACCAUGGCUAUGGCCCCAUAGGAUGACAAUGCCCCCAUCCACAGGGCACGAGUGUCACUGAAUGGUUUGAUAAGCAUGAAAACAAUGUAAACCAUAUCACCAGAUCUAAACCCAAUUGAACACUUAUGGGAGAUUCUGGAACAGCGCCUCAGACAACGUUUUCCACUACCAUCAACAAAACACCAAAUGAUGGAAUUUUUCUAUGAAGAAUGGUGUCGCAUCCCUCCAAUAGAGUUCCAGAUACUUGUAGAAUCUAUGCCAAGGUGCAUUGAAGCUGUUCUGGGUCGUGGUGGCCCAAUGCCCUAUUAAAACACUUUAUGUUGGUGUUUCCUUUAUUUUGGCAGUUACCUGUAUGUUAUUGUAUAUAGAACCCUUCUGGGCCUAUAUUGACAAAGUGUCUCAGAGUAGGAGUGCUGAUGUAGGAUCAGUUUGUCCUUUUAGAUAAUAAUGAAUAAGAUUAUAUGGACAGGGGGGACCUGAUCCUAGACCAGCAGUCCUACUUUGAGACGAAUACUUGCACUGAUGCUCAUUGGAUAAGUGCAAACUGCAUUGCAUUUCACCAGUCACAAAUACUGUACAUCAUUAUUUUUUGGUCUGGAUAUCUGCAUGCUUCGGUUUAGUGCAAAAUUCCACCGAACUAAAUAUAAAAUGUGACUUUUUAGCAUUAUUACAAUCCAAUGCAAGUCAUUACAAUCCAAUGCAAGUCAUUGGUACCUAUAUUAGCAUUUUUUGCGCUUCAUGUACAAAUCAUCCUUAAGUAUCUAAAAUUGAUUGUGUAGCUCAGCAAAGUUAGAAUUUGGAAACAGUGGCCAGUUAAACAAAACCAAAGCAUGGAUUGCUGUCACACGUUGGCCAUAGACUGCUUACAGGGUAAGGAAACAAAGUUAUUUUGUAAUUUGGGUGAACUAUCCCUUUAACUACUAGCACUCAGGAUUCACAGCGAGAGAAAGUGAUUAAUCAGUGUAACAAUAAAGGAAUUAGUUUAGUGUAACAAUGUUGCUUUUGAGAAACAGCUUGGAUGCUAACGAUGCAACUAACUGUAGGUUCUACAGUAACAAUUAACUUAAAGCUGCAAUAUGUAUAUUUUGGGGAGACCAAAUUCACAUAAAGAUUUGAGUUAUAGAUCUGUCAUUCUCAUUGAAAUUGAAAGCAAGUCUACGAAGCGGUAGAUCUGUUCUUUGUCGGCUAUUUCUAUGCUUCCCGUUCUUAAGUUUAGUUUUUAGAAUUUUUAGAAUUUUUGCAACCAGGAAAUGGCAAAGCGAUUUCUGUAUAGUGCAUCUUUAAUGUUACACAAACUAUGAAAGCUCUGGGGAAACCAGGCCCUGUACAAUAGUACUCGACUGUGUGGCAAAUGGAAACAGUGGUUUAUGCAUGUGCGGUUAUUUUUUAUUUUUAUUUAUUUAUUUACCUUUAUUUAACUAGGCAAGUCAGUUAAGAACAAAUUCUUAUUUACAAUGACGGCCUACACCGGUUAAUGUCAAGUGAUGAUGGUAACUGCAGCCCUUGUAGAAACAUUUAUUUGUGUGGCAAUGUACUCAGUAUUUUAACAAUUCCCUCAUACUUGUUUUACAUGUAGUAGUAGUAAAUAUUGACAAAAUUUUUGAAAUUGCAUUCCUUGUAUCUGUGGUAAUAAUGAACUUAAUAAUGGUGCAAAAUGCCAGACAAAUCUAUCAGUGUGGUAAUAAUGAACUUACUAAUGGUGCAAAAUGCCAGACAAAUCUAUCAGGGAAGUUUUUGAUUAGUUUAAUUGCUCAAGUAUUAUGAUUAUCCAAAACAAACCGUAAAUUCCUUGAAAUGGCCCAUCUAUUUCCAUCCCAUUGAACAUAAUCUGCACAAUUACACAAUAGUAAAAACAUUUAGUCCUCACACAGUCAGUAUAGAUAUCCCUUGGUAUAAGUCAUAGCCUCUCAAGAGAGGGCCUAAAGCUUUUGUUUUGUUGUUUUUUUAAUGUGAGAAAAAAAAGUGUCACCGAGUUAUCAUACCAACUGUUUAGCAUUCGAUAUGGGAAUUCAAAAACACACAACGGACCUUUUGCAAAAGUAUAAACAACUGCAAAUUAUUUAAAAAACAGACAGGCGUAAAACACAGAUUUAAUGAACAAACUGAGGAAAAGCAAAGCCGACGUUUGGCUUUGAUGAAUUCCAUUUUUCAUGUUUGUCAUUUUGAUUUGACCCCCCCCCCCCCCCCCCCUCUUUCGGUAUCUCUCUGUUUCUAAACCCUUCCCUCCCACAGCCCAGGCUUCGGUUCACCACACUAACACGAUCUAUUGAGCAUUUAUUGAAAGAAAAUAUAUAUUCUUCUCUUUCUUUCUUUGAAGGUUUGGUUCCAAAAUGCCCGGGCCAAGUUUCGACGGAACAUCCUACGUCAGGAGAGCACAGGGCUGGACAAGCUGUCGGAUGGGUCCACUCUACCAGGGGGGUCGCCUUCAGGCCCCCCCUCCGAGUUCUCCAACGCCUCAAUGAGCCCUUCCAGUACCCAUACCACCCUCACGGACCUGACCAGCCCCUCUAUGACAUCGGUUAACCCUGUACUGCCCGCUGUGCUGGGGGGCAUGGACCCCCAUGACUCCAUGAGUUUGAGCCCUUCCCAGACCACCCUUACCAGCCUUUUCUGA